AUGUUGUCAGAGGUACCAGACUACAACUUUGUCUUCCUAACUCCAGAGACUGCAACAUCGUCAGAUAUUGUAGAUGUAUUGUCAAAGAUGAAGUUAAAUAGUACUUUAACAUACAUAGUCAUCGAUGAAUGUCAUUGUAUUGACAUGUGGGGAUUGGAUUUUAGACCAGCCUAUGCCAAUCUUGGAAUAUUUGCAAGUUUAAAUUGUCAAGUCAUUGCUUUGACAGCAACUUGUACUCCAAGGACAGAGGAGAUAAUAUUAUCAUCACUUAAUCUCACCAGUGUUAUAACAAUAAGACAAACAUGUGACAGACCAAACAUUUCAAUAAUUGUCAAGCCAAAAAAAGGUGAUGGGAAAGAGCAAGCUACCAAUAUGAUUGUUAAUGAACAUAAAGAUCAAUGCGGCAUUGUGUAUUGUACAGAAAGAGCAACUACCCAGGACAUGACCUAUUGUUUGCAAACAAAAGGCGUAAAUGCAACAUAUUUCCAUGGUGCUCUUGAUCCUUAUAAAAAAGAGGAGAAUUUUGAUGCUUGGUACAAUGGAAGAGCACUUGUUAUGUGUGCAACAGUUGCUUUUGGAAUGGGAAUAGACGAAGCCAAUGUUCACUUUAUUAUUCACCUAAGCAUUCCACAAUCAAUAGAGUGCUAUGCACAAGAAUUUGGCCGUGCUGGAAGAGAUGGGGAAGAUGCAAUCAGUUGUCUCUUUUUUCGUUUUGAAGACCGAACAAAGCAGCUCAAAAUGAUAAGUUCUCUGCCAGAUGGCGAGCACAGAUCAUUUAAGAUCCAAAACUUAAACGAAAUGGUUAAGUUUUGCAUCAUGCCACGUUGUCGAAGAAUCCAGCUGGUUAAAUACUUUGGUGAAGGUACCAGAGAGGCAUGUGAGAGCAAAUGUGAUUUUUGCCUUGGAGGAGCUAGAGUUGACCAUCAAGAUGGUAAAGAUGAUGCAUUGCAUGUACUAAGCUGCUUAGAAAAUAUGCAACAGCUGCAUCCUAAAGUUACCCUUCAACAUUUAACCCUGACAUACAGAGGAUCAAAAAGGAAAGAAGUUCUUGCCAAGGCCUACAAUACUGUUCCAGAGUUUGGAAAGGGAAAGGACACCUUCUCAGAUGCAAGUCUAAAACAAUUUAUUCAAUUAUUGAUUUCUGAAGGUGUUAUUGUUGAAUGCUUGAGAGAUGCAAAGGACAUAAGCACAACUCCAUAUCUAAUCAGUGGUAAGAAGGAAGAUUUAAUUAGAAAAGGAGAACUUCCCAUUUGUAAAUAUAAGUAA